AUGCAAGUGUCGCAGAACAGUUCCUUUGCGGUUCCAGGGCUUGCGCUACCAUCCCACGUGCAUUCCGAGCCUACAGAAAGAGUCCACCUUGUGCAAUUACCACGCGAUGCAGCGCGCCACGGAAUAGAAGUCCAGGUCUCAAUAUCUACCAGCGCCGGAUCGCAAACACAUGGGAUGGACUUUCCCAAUUUCGAUACAGGUCCGUGCUAUGGAGUCGAUGGCGGCCGUGCUAGACAGGGCACAAACGCCAUGUGCACGCCAUGA